UUUAAAUAUUUAAAAAUGAAUAUAUUUCUCGUACUAUGUCUAAUUUUUGUUUUAAUAUAUUCUUGUGUAUCAUGGUUACUACCAGCUGUAUUAGCAUGGCUUUUCAAAAGAAAAUAUCAUAUAAAACUGAAGAUUGGAAGGAUAGCUGUACCACAAUUAAUAUUGCGAGAUGUUAGCUUAUCAAAAGAUGGGUACUCAAUUCACAUAGAGGAAGUAUCUUUUAAAAGUAGCUUUUUCAACUCAGAGAUCAAUAAAUUAGUUUCCGUAGUAAUCAAGUCGGUAGAAGUAAAUAAUUAUGCAGAAGAAAAGAGAAGUGCAGUGGUUGAGACUAUUUUAAAACCCCUCCUAUCUAAGCAGAAUUCAAACUCCAGGUCUGACGGACUUGAUGAUGAAGCAAGUGGUUACAGUACCCUGGAAAGAGACCUCAGUGGUCUUGGGCAGCAAAAGUUACUAGAUUUCAGAAAUAAAAAGCUGCCUCCUAGCCUUACUAUGUUUGCUCAGUUUAUGGGAGUCCACAUCUAUAAUGCCAUAGUGACGAUUAAUAGUAACGUAGAUAAUGCAUGGAGUGUGCAUGCAUCUGUAUCAGAAGUACACGCAGACGGCGCGGCCGGCGGUCCUGCGCGUGCGCUGGUAUUUUCAGCUAACAUUGUAAAUGCUAGAGUGAUCAUAUUGAAAACCAGUAAAAGCUUAGCAGAGGCGUCAUGUAGUGUUCUAAUUGAAGGCACAGUGAAAGCGGAAGGACCAUUAAAUGUAGAAAAAAUUCAUACAGUCGUUACUAAUACAACGGUAAUGCUCCAAGAUGAAUUGUACGUUUUUCUUCAAAAUCGUAAAAAAAGAAAACAUUCAAAGUUACCACAUUUCAUGGAAGAUCAUUAUGAUACUCUUUUACCGAGACUCUCGCCGGCUAUUCCAAAGAUAUUUAGUCUCAAAAUUGAUGCAACUAAAAUAGGCUGUAUAGACAACAUAACGAAGACACAUUUUGAGACAACAUUGCAAGGCUUACAAGUUAAUUCUAGAUUCAGUUCUGCCUCAGUGGUAGUGAGUGCGUCCGUAGCGCAGGUGGUGGGGCUACCGCAGGUGUACGUGGCGGUCCAAAUGGACCAGCUGCGAGUGCAAGCCCGGGCCGAUACGUUAGUCUUUAUCAACAAGCUCAAAUUAGACGCCAAGUUGGAGAAAGGCGUUCUUAACCUAUACCUCAUUAUCAGCACCCUAAACGUCACCUACAACCAUAGCAACGCGUUCGAAUGGUACAGUGCGUGGCAGCGACUAAAGAAGUCGAGACCGCUACAACUAUCCGAAUCCCCUACAAAACCGUGGGACACGCAGUCGUGGUGGGCGCGCGUGGCCAGCAGCUGCGCCGUGCAGGGCUGCGCGGAGCUGCGCGGAGUGGCGCUGCGGGCGCUGCGCUCGUCCGCGCCCGCGCACGCCGACGCCGCGCUGGCGGCUGGCUGCAGCGGCUUGAAGGUCAAGCUGGACCAGCUGCUGGAUACGAGAGAGGAGCCGUACAAGUGGGUGGUGGCGCAGCUGGUGGUGGGGUCGCGGCACUGGAGCGCGGAGCUGCUGGUGGACGGCGGCUGGGCGGGGUCGGGCGGCGAGCCCCCCCCUCGGCGCCAGCACGCGUGGCGCUCGGCGCUGCUGGCCGUGGCGCUCGUCAAGUGGGGCACGCACGGCCCGAGGGACUCCAAGAUUGAAGCCAUGAUGGACUGUCUUCGGCUCGAAUGGAGUUCCGAAAUUGCUGACUCGUUGAUAUCGUUUGUAGAUUGUCUAAGCGACUACCGAACUACCUCGACGCCAAAAUCACCUCAACCCGUAGUUCCCGAUUCCUCUUGUAAUAUAGCGGUCAACGUGGCCUUAUCGCAUAUCAAUUUGUUCCUAAUAAUCGAUGAAAAAAUGUGUUUAAUGACGAGAAUCGAUGCUGUGACCUUGGAGAAAACCACCGCGAAGGCGGGGGCGCUCGUGUCCGGGUUGAAGAUGGUCGAAAUGGUGCCUUAUCAAGGGAAUGUGCUGUGUCAGAGAUCCGAUGAAAUACCGACGGCAUUUUUCCACGUGCGUCUCGCCAGAAUAGAACACGUGCCUUCGAAGGAAAGACAUUCCGUCUUGCUGGAUUUUCAAUUCAUAGAAAAUGUUGACUUCGAAUGGAGCGCUAAUUUGCACCUUAAAAUUCUCACCUUCGUUAGAGCUGUCAGAAAAUUCAGGGACGAGCUGAGACUGAAAAGGGAGAGUGACACCGAUAUGUCGAAAUCGAAACAGAACAGCAGUCGAGCGAUAGAUUGGAGAGUGUCGUUUAAGAGUCAAACUAAUUUUGGAAUAAUUUUAUCACAGAUUAAUAAUAUGCUUUUUGCGACUGAUGACAUGACAAUUGCGUACGACCAUGAAAAAGGUUUGUCGAUAUUAUGGAGCCAGUUAAAGAUGGUCUUGAAUGGUGAUGAAAUAAUCACAGUUGAAGGGUACUCCAUGGAGAGGGCCGCUGAUGAUCCCGAGAUCAGGGUCGAGAGGAAGGCGAAUGAGGGAUUUGUUCUUAUGUGGAAUAAGGUUUGGGCUGUAAAUGUAGGUUUGGUCCGAGUUAUAUUUCCAUACAAGCAUCGAUUCGCGGAAGCCGUGCAGGGCGAAUUCGUAUCGCUUUUCAAAUGGAUCAAACUGAUACAUGGAAUUAAGAAAAAGCCCUUCACAGAGGACAGUCCGUUGCCAAGCGAUUUACAUAUAAAGAUCGACGAGAUAAUAAUUGAAAUGAGCGACGAUCCCUUCGAAGUCAGGCUGCGAGAUAAUUACGAACUACUGGAAGACGAAUACAAAGAGAGCCAGAAACGACGGACGAUGCUCGACGCCAAGGUGCAGGAGCUGUGCAAGCCGCACCUGUUCCUGCCGGCCGGCAAGGUGGAGGAGCUGUACGCGGCGCUGCGCCACAAGGACGCGCAGAUCUACGUGCAGCGCACGCGCGCCGCGCCGCCGCCGCGCACGCGCCUCGUGGCGUGCGUCGUCAGCGCGCUGUCGCUGCUGGCGCUGGCCGACCGCAGCGUGCACGGCGCGCGCCGCGCCACCGCGCGCCUGCGCCACAUCGACUGCGACUCGCCGUGGCCCGAGGACGGCAUCGAGUUCACGACGCUGUGGUGCCGCGCCGUGAGCGUGAGCUGCGCGCUGUGGCAGCUCCGCCUGCGGGACUUCCCGCAGCCGCUGCUCAGCCUCAGCGAGUUGCGGCUCUGGGGGACGCUGAUGGCGGCCGAGGAGCAGCCGCCGCCUAGGGCGGUUAGGACGGUGGUUAUCGACCAGGGCGAACCUUGGGGUAAGUUCGAAUUGGAGCGGAGCAUGAUGCCUCUGAAGUGGUACUACGACCUCUGCUGCGAAAUGACAGAAUACAGCUAUGCCUUUGGACCAUGUUGGGAACCUGUUAUAGCACAUUGUAAUCUCGCAUUUGAUCAAGUAUCUCGACCCUCACUAGACCCCUCAGCCCCCCUGGCGUGGUGGGAUAAGGUACGUCUGCUGUUUCACGGACGACUGACAGUCAAUUGCGCCAAGUUCACGUGUCUGCUGCACGUGUCUCUCGAUCCCUACAAUACGACCGAGGAGAUGGAAGUGACGUGGAGCGAUCUGGUUCUGGACUGGACUAACGGCAAGCUCGGCUUCCUGGGGGAGCUGAAGGUGUUCGUGCGCACGGCCAGCAAGUACGACGACUGCCGCGUGCUGCGCGUGCCGGCGCUGCGGCUGGCCGUCAAGCUGGGCUGGCAGUGCGUGGGCGAGCCGCGCGACCACCACGCCGUGGCGCCCUGCGCGCCCACGCGCCUGCCCGAGUACUCCAGCAACCAGGAGCACGACUCGUACCGAGCCUUCCGCUCGCAGGGUCUCGACUUGCAUCUGAGUAUGGACACCAAACCCAUCGAAGGCGAUGGACCCGUGCUUCUGCUGUACGGAAGUACGCUGAGAUGGUUCGAGAGUCUCAAACUGAUCCUGUCGGGCACGACGCGGCCCACCCGGCGCGGCCGCGUGUUCAACAACCUGCGCCCGCGCAAGCCGCAGCUGUCGCGCCACUACCGGAACGUCAGCGUGUCGCUCACGCUCCACAACCUGCAGGUGUUCUACUGGUCGUCGUCGUCCAUGCAGCGCGGCAUCGAGAUGCGCGGCGCGCGCGUGACGUGCGGCGCGCGGCACCGGCUGGCGCUGGUGGCGGGCUCCGACGCGCUGCUGCGCCGCGCGCGCGCCGUGUGGGCCACGCUCUACAUGAACUGCGACCUCAACGACGCCGAGAUCUGGCUCAAGACGCCCGCGCAGCCCGCGCACCAGCCGCACCACGCGCACGCGCCGCAGGCCGACGGCGACGACGAGAACUCGUCGCUCCUGAACCCGCCGGCCAUGGAGAAGUGCUACUGUCUGUCGGUGCGGCGGGUGUCGUACGGCCGCGAGGCCGGCGGGGCGGGCUCCACGCCGGCGCCGACGCACCGGCUGGCCGUGCAUGAUCUGCGCGGAGCUUGGACCAAGCUCAACCGUGACCUCGCUUUUGCCCUCAUAGAUACUUAUAUAAAAACGCAGCAACUUAAGAAGAAUCUUUCAACCAAAGCUCUUAAAGAGGAAGAGAAACCUACGACUUCACCAAAGAAUCAACGAGAAUCCGACGUAGUUUCUCCACCUCCAGCUCCAGCACAAGGCGGGGGCGGCGGCGCCAACAUGCUGGCGGCGCUGGUGGCGGAGGCGGGCGAGGCGGGCGGGGAGGCGCCCGUGGUGUUCAGCGACGAGCUGGCGGGCGCGGAGGCCGACGCGCCGCCCGCGCACCCCUCGCACCUGCACCUCAAGCACGUGCUCGACGACGACAACUCGCACACCGCCUGCCUCAUCGAGCUGGUGAACUCGCAGGUGGUGCUGAAGGGCUGCGAGACGCGCGGCUACGUGAUCCUGUGCGCGGCGCGCGCGGAGGUGCGGCAGCGCGUGCGGCGCGCGCCGGCCGCCGCCGCGUGGUCGGGCGCGCUGUCCGCCAUGCAGUACUACGCCACCGUCAGCGCCGCCGACCGCGACCAGCUCGACGAGAAUAUUCAAUGGGUAUCGGUCGAGGAGAUCGAGGAGCGCUGGCAGGGCGCCGAGAUCAGCACGCUGCCGGACGUGCCCCGCCUGGUGGGCAGUGGACACUCCGCGGGCGGAGUCAUCGGCCGCACCGUGGGGCCGUCUGCGGACGCGGGACUCGCUCAACUACAACGCAUCGUGUCUCGCUGUGCGUGCGAGUUCCACUACGUGUCGCACGAGGAGAGCGAGGAGGGCGGCGGCGGGGCGGCGGGCUACGGCGCGCCCGAGCCCUACGACUCCUUCACCCUCAUGCACCACGACCUCGACGUCUGCACCAACUCCAUGCAGUACGCGAUGCUGCUGGACGUGGUGAACAACGUGGUGCUGCACGUGGAGCCGGAGCGCCGCCGCACGCUGGAGCGCCGCGCGCGCAUGCGCUUCCAGCUGCAGCUGCACCGCGACACCGACCCCCGCCAUCUCAUACACAAGCUGCAGACGCAGGUUCGAGAGUCGCUGGCGAGGUUGAGGCGGCUGGAGAAAGAAUACUAUCUCAAGAAUCGGUCCAUCAACGGGAACGAUCCGGUCGCUCUCGCCGAACUCAAAGCUCUGGACGAUCAGGUGAACGAGUGCAAGGAGUCGGCGUGGUCGCUGGGCUCGGAGCUGGACGCCAUGGUGCUGGCGUGGCGCGAGGCGCGGCGCUCGGCCGCCGCCCCCGCGCCCCGCGCGCCGCACGCGCGCCCGCACCGCUACAACGAGAUCUGCUUCAAGUCGGCGCGCUGGCGGCUCACGGACGCCGACGGCCAGCUCGGCAUCGCCGACCUGCUGCUCACCAACUUCCUGUACACGAAGACGUCGCGCUCGGACGACUCGGUGGAGCACCAGCUGGAGGUGGGCUACGUGCGCGUGACCAACCUGCUGCCCAACGAGCCGUUCCCCGAGGUGCUGGCGCCGCAGGCGGCGAGCGGCCGCGCGCCCGUCGCGCGCCGCGCCGCGCUGCGCGUCUUCUGCCGCGACCGCCCGCCCGUCGGCGGCAUCUCCGUCAAGGAGCACUUCGAGGUCAACAUCGUGCCCAUCCGCAUCGGUUUGACUAAGAAAUUUUUCAACACGAUGCUCAAAUUCUGCUUCCCGGAGCGAGACCCGGAUGCUAUAGAGGAAGGCGAAGAGGAGGGUGACGGUACCCUUCGAGCUGGAUCCAGUUCUUCUAAGAAAGUCAAAAAGAAGGGCAAAGAUUCAAACUCCAACUUCUACGUUAAGAGAGAUAAGAAAGAUAAGGAUGACGUAGAAAAGAUGAAGGAACGAGCUGAGAAGAAUAAGCUGUUUAUCUACAUCAAGAUCCCAGAGGUGCCGGUGCGCGUCUCGUACAAAGGCAGCAAGGAGAAAAAUCUGGAAGACGUCCGAGACCUGCCACUGGUGCUGCCCACGCUGGAGUACCACAACGUUACCUGGACCUGGCUCGACUUGCUUCUGGCUACUAAGAGUGACACCAGAAGGGUGAUCGUGUCGCAGGCCAUCCGGCAGAAGCUGCAGCUGCACCGCCGCGCCGCCGCCGCGCCCGCGCCGCACGAGGAGGACAAGGCGCGCCUGCUGCUCGGCGACCGCACCGUCCGCUAUACUAUACUAUAUUACACACACACGCACACACACACACGCGCGCACCCCUCGCCCUUUACAUGCCUUGCUUACGCUUGCUAAUGUAUACAAACAUCCCGUUUAUAUCCCACUGCUGGAUGAUAAGCUAUACUCUUGAGGAGAGGGCUUGGAGUUCAUUAUGUCGCGAUCUAUUGCGGCUCAGUGAAGACAGAUGGCUGAACUCGUGCAGUUUCCUCACAAUGUUUUCCAUCGCCGCCGAGCACGUGAUCAAAAUGACAUAAAUUCCAUUAAGGACAUGAUGUUUGUUUAGUCGCUUUGUUGAGAUCCACGGUUCUCAUACACUUCCUUGUGUACAGUCAAUAGUCACACCCAAGUGAUACACACAUAUAUUGCUUCCAACAUUUUUUUCCAAUUGAAAUUUUCCCAUUUGAAACCAUUAUUGUCCCACGUUAUUCAGAUAAGUUUGUAGAUACUCUACAAAUACAUAUAUGCUCCCCGUAUUCAUUUAAGUAUGUGCGUCGUAAUUUACUUUUUUCAAGUAAGCUUUUACAAUCACACUUUAGACUUAAUUCUUCGAAAUUAUAUUAAAUGUAAAAUUACGACCGCAUAUUUGUCAACCAAAUAUAAAUAUUGCCUAUAUUUUAUUGCUCUGGACCGGCA